AAUGUACACCAGAAGAGAUGGGACGAGAGAUAGUUAUCGGUUUGGUGGGGAAACCCUCCAGUGGUAAAUCAACAACAUUAAACUCUCUUACAGAUGCCAAUGCAAAGGUUGGUGCGUUCCCGUUCACGACUAUAGAUCCAAACAAGGCCACUGGGUACCUUGAAGUAGAAUGUGCAUGCUCUCGGUUCGGAAAACAGUCAUUAUGUAAACCUAAUUAUGGAUAUUGCAGAGAUGGAAAAAGAGGUGUUCCAAUUAUGUUAUUGGAUGUUGCGGGUUUAGUUCCAAAUGCACACUUGGGCCGUGGUUUGGGGAAUAAAUUCUUAGGAGAUUUAACUGAGGCUGAUUGCUUAAUCCAUAUAGUAGAUGCCAGUGGAACCACUAACGCAGAAGGAAAAGCAACUAGAGGUUACGACCCAUUACAGGAUAUAGAAUGGUUGCAAGAUGAAAUAUUCAAAUGGAUUCUAGGCAAUUUGAUGGAAAGAUGGGGAUCAGUUGUGAGAAGACAUGUUGCUACAAAAUCCUCCACUUUAGAGACCCUAAGACAACAACUAGGAGGAUAUUCCGCAAACAAACAAUUAGUUGGUCGAGCUCUAGACUUAAUACCAAACUUACCUCCUUUGCAAGACUGGGACAAUGAGACAAUUGAAAAAGUUGUGAAAUCUUUUAUGGCAGUCAAAUUUCCAACAGUAUUAGCCUUGAACAAGAUGGAUCACCCUGAUGCAGAUAAAAAUGUAUCCAAGAUCAUAUUAAAGUAUCCUAAACUGAAGGCUGUGUUAACAUCAUCAAUAACAGAAGUUUUUUUGCGUAAGUUGGCGUCGCAAAACUAUAUUAAGUAUGAUCUGGGAACAGAGUUUAUUGAUACGAUAGAUGACUUGGGCCCCGAGUCAGGACUUAGAGAACUAGAUGAUAAAUUACGUAAUAGAAUUGAGAAUAUCAGAGACUUGGUAUUGUAUAGAUUCGGUUCAACAGGUGUUGUUCAAUUAUUGCAAGCUGCUGCAGAUUUGUUGGAUCUAGUUCCUGUGUUUCCUGUUAAAAAUAUUCAUAAUUUCACUGGUGGUUCAGGACAAAACGUAUUCCGCGACUGUAUAUUAGUCAAGAGAGGAACAACGACGAUUUCUGUUGCUAGAAAAAUUAUGGGUGAUGUAACUAUCGCCGCUAUAGAGGGUGUUGGUGGUAUAAAAGUCGGAGAAGACGAUAUCGUGGAUGUGGGUAAAAACGACAUUUUAUCAUUUAAAAUUGUCCCAGGUAGCCAUAAUUAGAUGUAUAGGUUAACGUUUUAUAGAAUUCAAGGAUUUUUUUUUUAUCCACCAGGAAAUAUAUAGUUCACCACACUACACAUGACUAGUGCAUUCAUCCUAGGUUCGACCGGAUUGGUUGGUCUACAAAUUCUCAAACAUUCUGCGACAGUUUUUGCUAAGGUAACCACAGUUAGCCGCAGACAACCCCAGGCAAGCUUUCCAGAAUUAGAUGCCAUUGUUGAACCUGACACCUCCAAAUGGCCAUCGGUCAUUUCAGAACUGGAUUCAACCGUUUACUUCUCGGCUUUUGGAACUAAUAGGGCAGCAGCAGGUUCUGGAGAAAAGUUCAAAGAGAUAGAUUAUGGGAUAAAUUACGAGUGCGCUAAGGCUGCUAAGCAGAAGGGAAUGAAAACCUGUGUAUUGAUUUCAUCAACAGGAGCAAGUGCUUCCUCACCAUUUCUAUACUUUCAAACCAAGGGCCAGUUGGAAAAAGAUAUAAUCGAUUUGAAAUUUGAAAGAACCAUUAUCUUACGCCCUGGAAUGUUACUAGGAGAAAGAGAUAAACCAAAAGGUUUGUUCAACGAUUUCUUGGUAGCAACUUUGAAGUAUACACAUGGAAACUUCUUAUCUCGCUUUUCUUAUGCUAUAUAUGGGGAAGAAUUGGGUAUGAUUGCUGUUCUGUUGGCAAAUGAGGAAUACGAUGCUUCCAAUGGUCCAAUAGUCAAGAUUCUAGGAGGAUUUGAGUUGACAGAAUUGGCUAAGAAAUUGCAUAACAAUAACCCAUGAAUUGAACCAAGCUUUCUAUGUUUAUUUUUCUUGAAUACAUGUAUCGUUUCAGCUACAAGCAGUACUCGUAUCUUGUUUACAUGUUUAUCAGAUCUCUUCGUAGAACAGAUUAGUCUUGACGUCCUGCCACUGACAAACACUUUAGAAGUCAUCUAUAGAGUCAAGGUGCAUUCAAAAAUUAUAGCUAGGUUGUCAAAGCAUCCAAUUUGUUGUAAAAUAAACGCUUAGGGUUGAGUCACCAUCGCAUCAACAACUUAGAAAACCAUUAUUCAUCAUGUCUCAAAGUUAAAUUGUCACAUGAUAAUAUAGUAGCACACACAACUGCUUUGACGAUAAGUUUACAUAGGAUAAGAUGAUCUCACACGCAACAUUAAUGCUUCAUAAAAAAUGAGAUAAGUUCUCCAUUAGACGAGGUCUAGAAAAGUUAUCUAUAAGUAAACCUGUUUUAUUCUUAUUUUUAAAUCAACUUGAUAUAUUUUUUAACCAAUUAAUUAUUCAUAAAAACGUCCGAUAAAAAGGAACUUGACCCAAGGAAAUUAUUAUUUCCAAAAGAGAUAACCUGGAACAACAUAGCCCAAUUACAACCAGUUAUGAAAGAGCCAAGAAUAUCAUAAUCCAAACACAAAACAUCAAGAAAUUGUGCCAAGGAAAUCAAAGAAAGUCAAAGUAAGAAAAUACUUGCAAUUAGUAGUUGGGUGAUUCGAAAUUCUCUAUACUAGCAGGUAAAACGAAAACCAUGAUCCAUAUAGACGGAAAACCCCUUACUAGGCGUUAAAAAAAGGGAUACCAUAUCGAUCAUCUUCUGAAGCUCGACAAACAGAACGAAAUAAAAGUGCUU